AUGUUAGCUUUAGUCGGGCUGAAAGCGGGCCUGUACUCGGGGAAAAGUCGGCCCGAUUUGUACCGCACGCCGCACGCAUUGCACAAAGUUUUCGGGCCCAAGGGCCCGGCCCGCCAUUGUGGGGUCUUCUGCACCUCGCAAUGCGUGCACCUCCGGCCAGAAACGCAAUCGGGCUCGGCCCUCCUUUUUUGCUUUUUGGCCCGCGACUUUUCUGGGCGUGAAAACUUUUCGGUGUUGAAGUUCGGGAGAACUAAAGCAGAUAAAUUGGACUGGUCGUGUGAGGAAGAUGAAAAGUCAACGGUGGUCAACGGAAGAGAAGAUAGGGCCCAAGGCCGGAGGCUCGGUUUUCUCGAGCGCGAGCUUCGGGCUUUGCCGUGGAUCGGUAAAGGGAAGCGUGGGGCCCGGUUUUGUUGGGCAGGUUGGGCCCGUUUGGUGGGAUUUGGACCCGGUUUGAAAUUUCUGGCCGGGCACAACAGAGAGAGCCCGGAUAAAAAAUGGAAAGUAAAUUACCGGCAAAGCAAGUCCAGACAGGCUGUCAAUUUCGUCGGCGCCGGUGAAAUUAGAAGACGAGUUAUUAGACAAUUCUUUUUCACGAAAUUGAUGAUCUUCCCUAGAAAGACUAAUAUAACCCUCCUGAAACUCUUUUUCGGGGAGGUCCAGGUUAAGGAGGUCCUCGACCGAGAAAUCAUCCGCUGCGACGCUGCUAAUCUUAGUCAGGCACCAAACGUCGUCGUUUUGGAACAUCUGAGGAUUUGUUUUCAACAGGAAGCUUGA